UGCUCUGGGCCGCUGCCGGGCCUGCCGUGAACCGCCACUUUUCUGGACGGCGAGCUCGGUUCCGCCGCCAGUUCGGUUCGAGGAAUGGAGCUGCCGGCCACGCUCUCGCGGGCACCCGCGACGUCGCAAGCGCGGGCGGGCGAGGAGGCCUACACGGAUGCUCGGCAGGAUGCGCAGGCGGCAGUGGGGCCACCACCGCGGCGGCCGGCCGCGUUCUGCAGCUCCGUGUUCGCUCAGAUCGAAGAGAUCGGGUGGGAGCGGGUGGUUAGCGCCACAGGGGAUGAUGGGGUGUCCUGUCUCACCUUCCGCGUCGUGGAUGAUAAGGGACGGAUUCAUUUACUGGAGAUCACACUGCCCAUGGGCUAUCCUGCAAGUCCCCCUUCAAUCACUGCAGAAGUACCUUACCUCCCGAAAAUACAGUGGUCGAAAAGCUCAAGACUGAAAGAUGUUAUUUGCCAGUUUGAAGAGCACUUGAAGAUGUUACAAGAGUUUUGGUCUACAAUGGAUGAGAUUGAUAAGGUCCUUUGGGUGGUUGAUGCAACAAAGCCGACCUAUGCUAUGUCCCAUUGCCUUUUAGCUUUAGGUGAUGAUUGCUAUAUUUUACUGCAUGUUGACCCACACAAGCCCAGCUCCUUACCAGAGUGUCGUUUCUUGGGUGCAGAUGGCAAACUUGAUCGGCUCAUCAUGAAUUGGAGAAAAAAUCGCAAAACAUGGGACACAAAGAAGAAAUUUCAUGAAAACUUGGCGGGCGUCUUGGAUUUUGCACUGCCUGCGCCACCUUCGGUCAGUAGCGUCAGAGACGACGAGCAAGCUGAUUGCGGGAUAUGUUACGCCAAGCACCUGCCAGUCGAUGACGAGCUCGGGGCACACAGCGGGUGCGCGACCGACUACACGUGCGAGAACCCCAGCUGCAGCCGAGCCUUGCAUUCCGUCUGCCUGAGGGACUGGCUCCGCUCCAUCACCACGACGAGGCAAAAGCUCCAGACCGUUAGUUACGUGGAUGCAUUCGUCAGGUUUGGCCGGGGCGUGGAGCUGCGUUGGGUCGAAAUUGCCGCCCCCUUCAUUCUCCCCGCCCUCGCGCCACGCCUCGGCAACCAGUCAGCGCUCGCGCUCGCGCUCGCAGCCGCGGCAGACUUGCUCCAAGUCUUUGGUCUGGUACUCUGGUCGGCUUCCAGAAUCCAAGCGCGCGCCUAUAAAAAAAGGAUCCGAGCCCCCCAGCGCCCACGGCCGAGUCAGAGGGAGGGGGAAAUGGCGAGCGGCGGGGAGGGCGGGGACGAGGAGAGGCAGCGGCGGGGACGCGGGCGGCGGCUGUGGGCGGCGUGCCUCCCGCGGCCGGGGUGCUUCACGGUCUCCGCCGCGGGCGAGGACGAGGGCACGUCGGCCGCCGGCGCCGGCGAGGGGGGCACCAGGCCGACGCCCUCGCAUCUGGUCGUCACGGUCAAUGGGAUCGUCGGGAGUGCAGAAAACUGGCGCUUUGCGGUAAAACACUUCAUCAAGAAACACCCUGAAGAUGUGGUUGUUCACUGCAGUGGGUGCAACACAGCAGCUCGAACCUUUGAUGGAAUUGAUGUGAUGGGAAGAAGAUUGGCAGAGGAGGUGACCACUGUUGUUGAGAGUAGACCAGAGCUUCGCAAGAUUUCCUUUGUUGCACAUUCAUUGGGUGGACUGAUUGCAAGAUAUGCUAUUGCACUAUUAUAUGAGAGAGACACACAAAAAGAUCCUCAUGAAGAGUGUGAGAAGCAGGUCAUUGACUAUCAUAGUAUCCAGCAUAAUUCUGGAGGCAAAAUUGCUGGUUUGGAGCCUAUUAACUUCAUCACCUUUGCAACACCACACCUCGGUACAAGAUCACACAAACAAAUGCCAAUUCUACGUGGUUCCAACAAAUUGGAAAAGAUGGCAUAUCGUAUGUCUUGGCUUGCUGGGAAAAGUGGAAAACAUAUUUUCCUGAAAGAUGUAGAAGAUGAGAAACCACCGCUCCUUCUACAGAUGGUUACUGAUUAUGGUGAUCUCCAUUUCAUGUCAGCUCUACGCUCUUUCAAGCGUCGUGUUGUUUACUCCAAUGUCUGCAAUGAUUUUAUCGUUGGCUGGAGGACAUCUUCAAUACGUCGUCAGCAUGAGCUUCCUGAGCGCAAAAGUUUUAUAAACGAUGGUAGAUAUCCACACAUUGUUUAUGUGGAGGAACCGAAGGUUCAGGAUGUUGAUUUUUCAGAUGCGAUGAUUUAUCAGGCAAAAACUACGAGUGAAAUGGAAGAAGUUAUGCUCAAAGGUCUUAAUAGACUUCCAUGGGAAAGGGUAGAUGUUAGCUUCCAGAAAAGUAGACAGAGGUUUUUUGCCCAUAGCACAAUUCAGGUCAAGACCUAUUUCUUGAACUCAGAUGGCGCUGAUGUGAUCUUUCACAUGAUCGACCAUUUUAUUUAUUAAGAUGUGUGCCCUAAGGUGGUGCCAGAUUCUUCUUUAUCUAGAUGAACUCCGGUCGAGUAGGAAACAUAUGAGCGAAGGGGCUCACGGUGCAAUGGCAAAGUCCAGUGGCCGGAGUGCUCCCGACCCAGGGUUCGGGUGCUGCACCUUUACCCUUCAGGGGUUUCCCUUGGGAGUUUUCCAAUAAAAAAAAGUAGGAAACAUAUGAAAAAUAUCCGUGUCCUCAAGAAAAGGAUUAGAGACAUACGAAAGCAGUAGAACCAAUUGUAAAGAAAGUGUGUUGGGUCUCUACGCUUCCUCCAAAUUUUGGGCCGCCUAGGUUCCUCUCUCUUAUUUUUCCCCACUUUGGGUCAGAAUAUCUGUUGUAUUCUCGCUUUUGUUCCAGACUUCAGUCAGAACUCAGUUGUACAUGCUGCACAAAAAUGUUCCAGAUUUUGCUUAUGCUGCAGAUCAGCUUGAUCUGCACAAACGCAGUGAAAUUUGCUGUCCC